AUGUCGUCUGCUCCAUCUCCAGCUGAACCCCGCCCGAGGACCGUCAUCCUCUGGGUCCAUCCGCGAUCUACCUCGACAAUGUUCGAAUGCUGUAUGUUGAACAAACAGGACGAGUUCCGGGUACUACAUGAGCCUAUGGGCGACGCUUUCUACUUCGGACCGGAGCGAGUAUCCAACCGAUAUACGCCAGAAUGCUGUGAUAAGGAGUACCCUCAGUUCAAGGAUUCUACUUUCGCCAAGGUCUGGGGAAACAUGGUAGACGCGACUACUGAAGGACCGAGUAGGACGUUUAGCAAAGAUAUGGCUCAGUACAUCUUCAACCAAGCUCGAUCUACGAACGUCACGUCGGUUCCUUCGCUCACUUCUGAAGGAGGUGACAACGAUAACUCGUCACUCAUCCCUACCGCCCUCUUGACCGACCCGACUGUCCACCACACCUUCCUCAUCCGACAUCCUUCCAAAGCCGUUCCCUCGUACGAACGGCUCUGUUAUCCCGGGUCCGAGACGGGUUUCGAUUACUUCGAUCCGGAAGAAGCUGGCUAUCGGGAACUCCGCAUGCUGUUCGAUGUGGUACGAGAGUCUAAUAAGCGACAAGGAAGGCCAGCACCGCUCCUAAUCGAGAGCGAGGAACUGUUGAAGAACCCGAAAGAUGUGAUGAAGCUCUGGUGUGACGACUGUGGGAUCGACUUCGAUGAAAACAUGCUGACCUGGAACGAGGGAACGAGGGAGCACUUUGCCAAGUGGCCCGGCUUCCAUACGUCGGCGGAGCAAUCUAAAGGCGUCGGCCAGGUCUCGCAUCGUAACGUCGAACCGGUCAAGGAGGAGAACGUGGAAAAGGUCGAUCAAUGUAUACAACAGGCGAUGGCAGACUACGACUACCUAAGAGGUUUCGCCAAGGGCCCUAGUGUAUAA